CGAGCAUCCUUCUCUCCUCUCACAUUGCUCUCCGGCUCCACUUGCGCUCGCAGCCUCCUGCCCGUUCACCGCUCUCAACACUCCGCCUAUCUUCCUCUAUUGCACACACACACACACACACACGCACACACACACACACGCACACGCACCCACACACACACACACACACACACACACACACACAUUUACACACACACACAUGCAUGCAUGCGUACAGUCUCCCUUCUCUUACUGUCUCCCCUCUCUCUCUCUCAGUCACACUCGGUCCUGUGCAGACUUGAGGAGCCCCGGAGAUGAUGCUGGUGGUGAUUCUGUUGGAGCUUUAGUGGUGAUUUUUCUUUUUCCUCUUUAAAAAAGAAAACUAGACUCAGAGCAAUGUUGAUGCAACAGCACCUCUACCCUCUGCGCUGUGUUGAUCUGCCUGCCUCCUGCCUACAAUCAGCCCAUUUUGGGGGGAUUUAAGCGACAGAGAGUGUGCUGCGCCGGCUGUGCGCUCUGCGGUUCUGGUGCGCUGGAUCUUCUUCUUCCUCUCCUCUUUAUCUCUCCACUAAAGGAUGCUCAGUUCUUUCCACAAUCAGGAAUAUUUCUACCACAACUGCCAACACUCUUGCUGCUGCUGUCCACUUCUCUGCCCCAGCCAGAUCGCAGUCUGAUGCGCCCCGGUCCCCUAAAGGGAAGAAGAAGCAUGUCAGAGGCACCUGUGUUGCACAUGGAAAUGAACCGUCUGCUGCUGGUUCUGCUGGACACCAGCCUCUAAACCAGACUUGAGAUUAUCCAAAAAUCAUAGACUGGCUCUGAAGAAUUGGGGGAUCCUUAGAGUUCCUUACUGACAAGCUGAAAAUCCCUGUAUCACUGUAUAUUGAGGAGCACCAGCUGCUUAACCAGCUCCAUGGUUUUCUGACUUGUCCAAGACUGCAAUUUUGGCAUCUGACUAAGAGUCUAGUCACGGCACAAGAAGAUCUCUUUAUGGCCCGUAUGGAGAGGAGGAAUGAUUACAACGACCCAUAACUGUUGCAGCGUACAUAUGACGUGUGAUUAGAGAAAUCCCCCGGACCCUGUCAGAAACACCGAAUCAGCACACUCAUACACUGAGAUGACCCAAGAACAGUGCACUCAUAGGAACAAUGUCCAGAGUUCAGAGAAACCCCAAGUGUACAAAGUGGGAAUAUACGGCUGGAGGAAACGCUGCCUUUACUUCUUCGUCCUGCUGCUGAUGAUCCUGAUCCUGAUCAACUUGGCACUAACUAUCUGGAUCCUUAAGGUCAUGAACUUCACCAUAGACGGCAUGGGCAAUCUCAGAAUAACAGAGAAGGGCCUGAAACUGGAAGGGGACUCUGAGUUCCUCCAACCCCUCUAUGCCAAAGAAAUCCAAUCCAAACCAGGCCGCCCGCUGUUCCUGCAGUCAUCCAGAAACGUGUCGGUCAAUAUCGUCAACAGCAACAACCAGCUGCUCACACAACUCGUAACCGGAUCCAAUGGAUUUAAAGCACGAGGCAAGAUGUUUGAAGUCAAAUCCACGACUGGGAAGCUCCUCUUUUCCGCCGACGAGCAGGAGGUGGUGGUGGGCGCUGAGAGGCUCCGAGUGAUGGGAGCCGAAGGAGCCGUGUUCAGCAAAUCAGUGGAGACGCCACAUGUCAGGGCCGAGCCGUUCAAAGAGCUGAGACUGGAGUCUCCCACUCGUUCUCUACUGAUGGAGGCUCCUAAAGGCAUCCAGAUCCUGGCUGAGGCUGGGGACAUCCAGGCCAUCUGCAGGAAUGAGCUGAGACUGGAGUCCAAAGACGGAGAGAUAUCUCUGGAUGCUCGGAGGAUUCGCCUGAUGCGGCUGCCUGAGGGGAAGGCCUCCACCAGCUCCUCGUCCUCUGGGACCAGGCAGACUGUCUACGAGGUUUGCGUUUGCCCCAACGGGAGGCUUUUCUUGUCCCAGGCCGGCCCCGGAUCCACCUGCCAGAUCAGCAACAACGUCUGCCUCUAGGACUGAUUCAUACAAGUAUAAAUAAAUACACAGAUACCCUGAAAGAAAGACGGGCAAAAACAGACAGAUGUACACAUUUCGCCUGCCUAUAGGACUGAUUCACAGCAAACACUACAUACAAAGACUGCCAGAGCUGAUGGAAAUAUAAACAAUCAUAGAUACUGUACCUAUACAGACACACUGAUGUAUACACUUUACAAUCACAGACACUGAUGACUGAUAUUUAGGCUCAACCGAUAUGUUUUAACAGGCCAAUACUAAAAAUUUUGGAUUGAAGCUGAUGACAGCUGAUAUUUUUGCCAAUAUUUCAAUGCUAAAAAAUAUUUUCUCCUUUAAUUUUAUAUGUUUCAGAGAGUAAAAGCCUUUGAAAACAGCAUUUAGAGAAUUAUAGGUGACUAAAACUCUCCAGUGCGUGUCAUUCACAUCUCUAUUAGCUCUUUAUACAUACAGUACAGCUGAAGUUAUUAGGCUUUAAAACUGAAUUACAAGAAUAAAGGAAAAAGGAAAAUGUGUUGCAUUGCGGGUUUUAACAACUUUUUAACAUAACUGAGAUCAGAAAGGAACCUUCACAUUAAUCAUAUUAUGGAUAUUGGAGGACACUGACUGGCUGAUACACUGAUAUUUAAUAAAAGGACAGUAUUGGUAAUAUAUUGGUCUGACCCUAACAGUCAUGACAUGACACUGCUAUUUAUUAAUAGCAUACACACAUACAGACACAUACACACCAACUUACAGACAUGCAUUCACACAGUCUAGAUAUUUUAAGAUGGUGUACACACACUCUCACUCUUUGCUCGUAGGAGCCUCCUGGUAGAAACUGAGAGGAAAAUCUUCAGAGAUGUACUAGAAGAGACACUGAUCUGUUUCCUGUCUCCCUCAAGAGCAUUUCAGUACCAGAAUCACUAGGGUGAUCACCCAUGGCAAAAGGCCCCACCGACUCCCUCUCCCUGCCGUUGUUCUCCUUUUUCCUCAUCUUUUCUUUUUCUUUCUCCGAUUGUUAGCACAGCUGUGAUAAUGAAAGGAUUUCUACUUUUCCUGCUGCUCAUAAAGCAUUUUAAAGCUCCAUAGGCAUACUUAAAGCACUUAAUUACAACUAUUCCUCAUAUGAAUUGUAUCAGGAAAUAAAAUAAUGAAUAUGAGGCCCUGACAUGGAUGUGUUUUAAGAACUGGAUACCAGACUUCAAAAUGGCACCCAUUCACGUUAAUGAAUGAAAAUUGCUUGGCCAACACACAAGCCAAAAAAGCUUUCUAGUUUACAGGUUCGCUCAGCCCAUAGACUUAACAUUGAGAUGAUGGCACGCUUUUCUAGUGUCUUGGAAAGUUUUACAAAUAUAACACCUUCAUGGACUGAAAUUGAUAAUGCAGCGUAGUACCUGACCUUGUUUGCAGUUUAAGACAUCCUAUUAAAAGUUUUACAGAUGCCUAAUGGUUUUACUUGCAAUACCACAAGUGGCCAUUGGAAUAAACAGGCAGCAAGGCUGACUGGCAGUGUCUGUCCAGCUCUCUUAAAACAUCCAUGGGAUUUGGAUAGUACAAAAGGUAAACAUAUUGAGAGCAGCCAUUUCAGUCAGAACACAUACCAGAUGCAGAUGUGUAUGUGUUAUGUGUAUAGGCAGUGCUGUGUGUGUGCCUAUGUGGCAAUGCGUCAACAACAUGCUGGUUUUGUGAAAAGAAAAAAGAAAAAACUUGAUGCUAAGAGUGACAGUGGGAAAUCUUUAAAAUGAUUGGGCUAAAGCUAGUUAAAAAAAACAGACAAAAUCUUUCUUCUUUUGAGGCUCUCAAUUGACAUUCCAGCAAAGUUGUGUGUCAGGAAAUUAGCAAGCAAAAUAUUCAGCCUAUUUGAUCUUUGGUACAAUCUGUCCAAAACCUAUCGUGACAAACUAUGACUUAUGCCAUGUUCACUUCCUAUCACAUUCACCCAACUGGGAGAAAAAAUUCAACAACUGUUUAAAUUAACUCCCCUAACUUUUAACAUUUGAUAUGACGUGCACAUGGCACAAGUGCUGCAGACAAACCUCAACCACUGGUCUGUCAGAUGGUUCCUCUUUUUAAUGAGAUUUCCUUUUUUAAUUUGAUGUAAUCUUUUGAUUUUAAGCUGAAUGGAAAGCUAUUUUAAUUUCACAUAAUGACUGUCAGUAUCAUGUUUUGCCUGCAUAAAUCCCGUCCAUGUCUCCUCCUGCCAAAACAGUAUCACCCUCCUACCACCCUGACAAUGAAGACAAUGACAAAAACAGCUCAACAUCCUGUUGUAACACUUAAAAGAACAUAUUGUAUGUCAUAAAUGUCCAAUAUGAGCUGCUCGAACCUCUGUGGUGGUCACCCUACUUGUUUCUUGCACUGGGACAUUUUUAAAAAAGGACAAAAAAAACUAACUAAUGCGAGCCACUCUGUUGAAAGAGGGGAACUGUGCCUGUGCCUUAUGUCAAUGCACUUGUGGCAAGAAGAAGCACAUCACACAGACUUUCUUUGGCAUCAACGAGUAACAUGACCUCCGAUUUCAGUUCAGUUUCAUCCCAUCUACAAAGCUCUCCCUCUGUGUGAAUGCAAAGACCUUCAGCCACAUCUGACUGUAGCGCCCCCUGCUGUCAACACCUGACUCUGCAAAAGGAUGAGGGAUUUUUUUCUUUUUCUAUUUACCACCUAAGCUUCCCCAGUUUGGGGUGAUGCGCUUGUUACUUUGCUUUUCAUGAUCAAAUAUUCUGUGUGAAAACAUGUAUGUGUUUCUAUUAAUGUUUUAAGUGAUGAACAUGAAGUUUAACAGACAGAUUAUGCCACUGAUGGGUCUUAUUUCCACUGGUUAUCGCAAUCUACUUGGCCAAAUACAUUUGGUUUUACCAACAUGUUACCACACAAGAUCAUUAUAUCUUUACACUCUUAUUUUCUCAUCUUAACAGGUUAGAUGUCUUUACAUAUUAAAAGCAUGUUGGUUUGUGACAUGUGAAUUCCCAGGUUUUAGGUGGAGACCAGUUGGUGAGACCAUUUCUUUAAUUUCUUGUAUUUUUAUACAAUAUCAUAGCACUGCUUCCUUUCUGUAUUCAAACCAUAUUAUCAGUAUUAUUAUAACACUGUAACCAUGCACAGAUAUUCUAGAAAGAGAUCAUUUAAAAACAUUUAAAAAAAGGGGAAUUGCAUUGAAUUUGACUAAUUUUUUUUCUGGCCAUAGGGUAGAAUUCUCAUCGGCAAACUUGUUUCUAAUGAACAUAUCUGCAAAGUUGUAGUGUUCAUACAGAGCAUAUCAGCAAAACAUUCAGUGACAAUGUAUACUUCUUUUGUUUUUCUGACAAGCCCUUCUUCUGCUUUAUGGUUCUUUCACAUGGAAGCAUCAGUCAACAUUAUCAAAACACAUAAGAUUUUGACCUUUUAAGAUGCAAUAACUUGUAAAGGCAUAAAGGUGUUGUGUCAUAACACCCACGAGAAACUACACCUUUUGGCCAAGCAGCUUGUGAUAACUCUUUAACUCACUCAUAGUAACGCAUAGCAUUUAUUUAUAUCUCAUGUUGUUUGAAGUGUCACAUCCUUUUCACGAGUCAGGUGUACCAACCUUCUCGCCGUCUCUCAGCUUCUCUGUCGCUGUAUAUUAAACAACUUUCAGAAAUAUUUCACAGCAAAAUGGAACCUAUCUGAUGUAUUUGUUUUUUGAAUACAUGUACACAAGACAAAUACAAUUUUUUUAUACGGUUGUAUAUGUAAAUAAUGUAUACAUAACCGCGUCGGUGCACAUCAGAUGAUAGAUGCCGAUGAAAGAGAAACACUGCUCUUUUGCAAAAAGGAAAACCUUUUUAUAAUGUACAUCAGUAUGUGUUUUUAUACUAAAAGGGCAAAAAAAAUAAUGUUAAAGGAUGUUCAUUGAGUUAGCAUGUACAGCAAUGUAUACAAUGUUUGCCUGUGGAGAACAAGCUGGUUUUGGUUCUAUGCCUUCUCCUUCCUGUACUCGUCUCUCCUGCUGAGCUCAGAUGUUUCCCACAAACACAAAACCUGCUUUAUUUUAGUUUUGUUGUUGUUCCGUUGGGCCCGAGGUCUUUGCAUUCUCUCCAAGUGUGCUGUGUGUAAAUUUGUGCUACUAUGAAUGAGCUUUUGUUUUGUUCUUCUGCUCCACAGAACGUGUUGAAUGACUCUCAGAGAAGCAAACACAGAAACCAAAAGUAAAAAGAAAAAGCAGAGAAGGAAAUGAUACAGAGGGUUUUUAAAAAGUAAAUGAUUACUUUGACAUUGGAAUAAAGAACAUUUUCAUUGAUUCCAUAUUAACACUUCUUUAAAAAAGUUAGACAUAACUGUAAUUUAUUUACACUAUUAUGCAGAAAUCAAUAAGUGCAUAAUGGAUACAUUUUAAAGUCAAAGUAAUUUAAAGAUGAUUCGAUGAUGACACUGAUCAGGCAUCACCUAGUGGAUUAUGUUGCUGAUGGAUUAAUAAUAUCAACCAGAUCACAAUAUAUAAUGCAUCCCUGUGUGUUUACGCUGAGUGCUCUGUACUUCCUUUUCUGGCUACGCACUGGGGUUAACAUCCAUCCUGAAUAUUCACAUUUUUCUUCAUUCUUCAGUCUGAAACUGCCGUUCAUGGAGUAGUUUUCAAUGAUGCCAAAAUAAAAGGCGUUUGCUCAAAUUGAUUGCAGUAGUCAUUGGAUCCUUCCUGACAAGAAAAAAAUAACUUUAAAUUCUAUGUACAGAACAAGAAACUCUUCAGUGCGAACUUCAUGUAAUGUAUUAUUUUUGAGGGCUGAGCUUUCUUUAGUAGAGACUUGAAGUACUGCUCUCUCUCCUAGCUACCCUGUAUUUCAACUGUAUCUAAAUGGUAAUGCAAUGAUCCUUUUGUUAGCAUCUAGCAACUGCAACUUCCAUGAAGCAACAUGACUUUGUAGUAUUCAUUCUACUUUGUUACGUCAUCUUGGAGGGGGUUGUUAAGUUAAACCACAUAUUGGCUGACUAGCUAGACAGUGUGCAGGCGUCGGCUCUCUAUAACAGUCAGUGACAUCUGGAAAACUGAAGAGUAAUGCUAAGUGGAAAAAGCUGAUUGAAUGGCCAGGUUUAUUAUGUGUAUUCCCUUCUCUAGUUUCUGUCUUAUAUUACCUGUUGUGCUGAAAUUGCAGAUGUUAAGUGUAUCACAAAGAACCCAGUGCCAUACAACAGUGAAGUCAAUGAUAACAAAUCAAGUUUUAUAAGUUUUCAGAGGUACAGAAACUGGUUUCAGGCAAUCUGAGAAAAACACUGCUUUGAUCUCAAUUUGACAGUGUCUCGUUUAAAAGAAGAAGAAGAAAAUUCAUCCUAAAAGUAACGGGGAGUCAUCUGCUCCCUCAGGCCACGCAUCACUGCACUAAAUCUCUUUUCAUCUGCAGACAUUUCUGCAACAAUUUAAAGCAUGUAUACAGUGGUGAGUGGAGGACAGGGUAGAUUACACAGAAUUAUAAAGAAAGUUAUUUUUCUAGUCUAUCUAUCUAGUUCGUAACAGUGUUUCAUUUAUUGUCAAUAUACGACACAAGGCCAUAGCUACAUUGCAUUGAUGACACUGAGGUCAUCUCCACUGUAUUCUUUUCUGUAAAUUUGCAGGUUUUAGUUUUAUAUUUUAUAAUAUAAAGCUACCACGUGGUGUAUAUUUCACUGGAAUGCUUACAGUAUUUUAAAUGUAAAGUUAAGAUUAAAAUUGUAGGAAAUGUGUCAUAACUUGAAGAUCUACAGCAAAGAGAGAUUUUCUUUUUCUAUAUUAAAAAUGAAAAAUCCACCUAAACAUUUUUCAAAUUGUCAGAAAUGUGAAACUUUACCCACCGCACUUUGAUGUCCUUUAUAUUUCUGAGUCAGUUUGGGUUGUUUGGUAAACUUUAUUUUAACUUUACUCAUUAUCAUCCAUUUGUAAGUGCAACAGUUUUCAAAUGACAGUUCUAUUCUGGAGAUAAAACCCUAGACAAGUAUGUUGAAAAUGAUACAUCCUGUUAUAUUUUAUGCUACUACUAUAAUAUAAUGAUGUCACCUGAUCAUAUCACUGAUGAUCCAUACAGAAACUAGAAGAAUACUGGAUUUAAUCUACCCAAAAUGACAUGUGCAGCAGUCCUUUGUGUUUUAUCUCAUGCUGUUUCCUGGUUCACCCAGUUUCCACAUUUCGCUGACGUCCUCGUAAUCUUCAUGGUGCUAUCGUUCUGGUGGCACAUGAGUAAUCAUAUGUGUGAAAUUGGUUUCCAGAGAGUUUUGAAGCCUUUCUUUGUCUCUGAGCGUAAAAAAACACUAAAGAAAAGGAGACAAGCCCUGGAGCUUUUAGUCAGGUGUUAAUUAAACUUUUUUAUAAAUAGUCUAAACUUAUUUAAGUACAGGCCUUUUUGCCUUUCUUUUUGCGUCUUGUAAGUCAAAGCUACUAUCACCACCAACAUGCCAUGAGCAGCAACAGCCCCUGUCCCAUUACUAAAAGUCAAACAUUUGAUCCCUUAUAACAGACAAAUCAGUCUUCUUUUUACAGUCUGCUGUAGAGGAGCACUGGCCAAAUUCGAUCAGUAUAAACUUAAAUUUCCUUUAGCAAAUUUCAAUUUUAAUAUUUUUACCCGACGCUUGUGCUGAGCUCUGGCAGAGUUCAGAAUGCGUCAUGCCUCCUCUCUUGUUUGCCAUGUUAUCAGCCGAGUGAACUGGUGCCACCCCAGAUUAAGCCACGCUCCUCGCUUUCUUCGGCUUACGAUGGUGAGGCCAGGCUGCAGACAGAGAGUGUUUGAUCUGUGUUUCUGAGCUGCUGGAGGCCUGGAAAAUGGGCUUCAGCGGAUUGGCUCAUUAGCCAAUCUUCACUCAGCGUCGACUAACCUCAAGCUACAGAUACGCUGGAAAAAAUAUACAUCUUAGUGUGUCAUUAAAGCAUUUGUCAUGUAUCAAAUUUGCAGAAAACAACUGAUAUCUGUAUCAGAGUUGGACUGGGGACAAGUCAAGUUUGAAUGCUCUUUGUGAAAAGCCUUUCCCUUCCAUUUCUUUAUCAUUACAAUAACUGUCAAAGGAUGAAAGUUAGCAGGAUUAGCAGCUUCCCCAUCAAUCAUACAUUUGAUAUGCCCAACUUGACCCUCAGCUGUGAGGGUUUUGACUAGUUUGUCUCAUGCAACAGCUCUAUCUUUGUCCUUUCACCAACAACUGAUGGCGAACUGAGGACGUUUCAAGGUCGAGUGUCUUUUUCACAGAAAGGCAGACAAAGAUUUCGUGUGACUUUGUGCCAUUUGACUUUUGAGAAAAUAGCUUCUUCUUCUGCUUCUUCAUACAAAGACUUUUCUUUAGGAUUAUUGGAAUAAGAUGCCCAUAAAGCUGAGAGUGAGUUAUUGACUGGUCUUUUCUGUGUCAUGCCUCAGUUGAAAGGAGGGUAAGAAAAGGGGUUUAUCUUUUUUCUUUAAAUGUUACCUAAAGGGCUGCAUGAAGAGGAGUGAAGUCUGUGUAAUGCAAAAAGCUUAACUUGAACUGUAAAUGUGGAGGAUGUUAAACACACAUUUAUAGGAAUGUGGCUUGUUGUUGCAUCAUCAGUGCUGGUUUCUGUGCUUUUUGUUGAGGAAGUUCCCACAGAGAAGGGAUUUUGCCUGUGGUUAAACAUGAAUAUCACCUGUGUUGUUUGAAGCUGGUUUAAAUAUUUCAUUAAUCUCAACACUACUAUAAGUUAGCUGUUUAAUGGUGGUGGCUCUGCUUGUAUCAGCUCAACUGUUGCAUGUUUUUUCCAUGCCAAACAGGAACAGGCUUCCAGAAUUGUUUUGUUUUUCGUAUGUUGCAAGCAACCAUUUGGUUUAGUUUUCGCUAACAAUGAAAACAAAUGCAUUUCUUUUUUGCAGGAAAGCAGCCAUUGUCCUGCAGUCUCUAAAACAAUGAUUUGGUCAAUAAAACAAUGCAAGUGAUGUGAAUUUCAGCUUUUCGUCUGGUGGAUGGAAAUGUUCUUCCCUCGUUGUCGUUUAAGUUUUAUUCACUGAUUUGAUUUGCUUUUACCUGUGCUGGUUGUUGAAAUUUAUCACAGGAUGUUGAGUGCCAUGUAUUUGUAAUACCUUUAUUUCUGUUUCAUUUGCAGUGAGUGUAAAACCUUUAAAGAAAUAUAUUUUGUCUUUGAGCUGUUGUGUGUGUGCGUGUUUUUGCUCACUUUUGCCUAUAGUGGGUACUGGAUCAAUGGUAUUUAUACAGUAGAUUAUUCUGAAUAAAGUGUUUUUACCUGCCAGGUGUAUCAGGUGGUCACAUGAAUGUGCACACCAGGCUGUAAAAAUUUUUUUUAGCAUAAUUCAUGCACUUACUGUACUCCAUGUUGGCUAAAACAAAUGCUAACCAAUAUAUUUGCAGUGUGUUGUUUGAUCCAGGUGUGGUAAUCUUGCCUUUUCUUUUGGCUUCACAGAUAUGUGUCAUGUGACCUUUGGUGUCAUUUCAGUGGAGCACAAAAAGCAGAACAAGGACUCUGAAAUAUGUUGCUUCUGAUAUCAUAUCAUGUCAUAUUUGUCCAACACCAAACAAGUGUAAAUACAAGCCCACUAUUUCAAAGGAGGAUUUGUUUUUGUACUAAAUUCUUCUGCUUAAUAAACAUAAAGGUACCAGUUGCGGAUCCUUGAUACCGUCACUGGUUACAGAUUUUAAAAGUGUGGAAAAAUUCAGUGUUUGCUUGAGAUUUGUGAGACUGAGAAUUUUAUUUGUCAGACUUACAGGAUGUUAUAGUUUUUAUCUGUUUGUACCAUGAUGUACGUAAAGGGGAUCCCCACACAUUCUAUGCAAACAAAUGGAUAUAGAACGCAUCGUAAUAAUGCAAUGGAUUAUGUCAGUAAACUCUCAAAUUUAUUUUACUUUCUGUAUACAGUUUGUAUUUAUGAACUGAGUUGCAAUCUAAACUGUAUCAAUAAACAUAUUUUAAAAAGAUUA